AUGAGAAUGGCCUCAAAACUUAAAGUCGAAUUCAUCAAUCUCAGUGGCUAUCUAUUCUACCAGAAUCGAUCACUAUCUUCACUGAUUCUCGCACCUGUCAACCAAUCUCACUAUAGGAAGCGAAUUUUGCUCGCGAAUCUUCUUCAGAGGUAUGGAUUCCCUCCCUCUUCUCUCAAUCACUUCCUCUCAAGGAACAGUUUCCUCUUGAAUUCCGAUUUAGCCGAAACCGAAAGCUCUCUCGGUAUCUUGUUGUCGUUGAAAAUCCCUCAGAAAUCACUCGUCUCGCUGAUACGCGAUUGCCCUGGUGUUCUGCGAUCGGAGUUCCUGAGGAAAUGGAGAGUUCCUCUCUCCGAGUGCGGAAAAUACGGCGUCGUCUCUUCUUCUGCGAUUACGAGCGUCCUCGAACAUUGUGGCAGAACUGGGAUUGGCCCAGAUAGGUUUAAUGAAUGCACGAGGGUUUUGAGGGGUUUAGGGUUUUGUGAUAGUACUGUUAGUAGGAUCUUAGAUGCUUUCCCUGGCGUUCUUAUGGUGAAUGAGAUUGAAAUCCGCAAAAAGAUUGAAUUUUUGUCUGGAAUUGACAUUCCUCGAGAUAACAUUGAGAGGUUCUUUCACAUUUUCCCUGAGAUUCUAGGGAUUGGUACUGAGACCAGACUUAGGCCAUUGCUCGAUGAAUUCAAGAAGAUGGGUUUUAGCAAGGAUGAGGUAAAGAAAGAGAUUGCUAGAGAACCAAGAGUUCUUGGUGUAGAGUUAGGGGAGCUUUCACGGUGUUUGGAGUUGAUCAACACGUUGAAAUGCCGCGAAGUGAUCAGAGUUAGGAUCCUCAGCGAAGGACCAUUCCGUGCUGGAUUUGAAGUGAAACUCAGAGUCGAUUGUUUAUGCAAAUACGGGUUGAUACAUAGAGACGCAUUCAAGGUAGUGUGGAAAGAGCCGAGGGUGAUCUUGUAUGAGGUAGAUGAGUUAGAGAAGAAGAUUGAGUUUUUGAUAAACCGAAUGGGAUUUCACAUCAGUUGCUUAGCUGAUGUGCCGGAGUAUCUAGGUGUGAAUCUCCAGAAGCAGAUUAUCCCGCGUUACAAUGUCAUUGAUUACUUGAAACUGAAAGGCGGGCUUGGCUGUGAUAUUGGAUUGAAAGGUUUGAUCAAACCAAGCAUGAAAAGAUUCUAUAAUCUAUACGUGAAGCCAUACCCUGAGUGCGAAAGAAUCUUCGUCAAGAGAAAUGAGAAUGCCCGAGUUCAGAAACGACAUCCUGCUGGGCUUUGGAAGCUUCUGAAGCCGCCUAAUCAUGUAACAAGGAAACAAGAUGUGGUGAACAUGAAGUCAUUUGUGGAGUCACUUGCUUUGUAGAUUCGACAUUCUUGCACUGCUUCAGACAAAUACUAAAUAGAAACAGAUCAGCCAAGAUUCUCGCUCCCUGAGCUGCUCUGAGUCGGUAUGGGUUCGCGAUCCACAUAUUUAUCGACAAAAACAUCCUUAAUCGAAUCAGUGCUAUCCACAAAACAGAGGACCGAGCAUAUGGCGAUGCUCUAAUCAUGUGGUUCGUCACAAGAGCCACUUGAGUCGCUAAGUUUUAUGUAAUCUUCGUUUUCUUAUAGUGUUUUCCAACCACAAAGUCCGCAAUUAUUGUAAAAUUAUAUUUUUUUUUAGGUUUGAAUAUAACUUUAUAUUCAAUUCCAAAAAAAAAGAGUCGAUAUGGGUUCUGCGGAAACUUUCAUGAGCUAUCGAAUCUGAUUUCAAUC